AUGGCAGAACGAGGCAUCGCUGGACGUGGCAUACUUAUCGACUGGUACAAAUCGUACCAAGACAAAGGCCAGACUGUGGAUGCCAUGAGUCCUCAUCCCGUACCGUUUGACCAGCUUAUUGAGGCACUUAGGUAUCAGGGGUUAUGUGAGGAUGACAUUAGACCUGGCGAUAUUAUUCUGAUUCGGUUCGGCUACAUCAGUCAGUACGAACAUAUGAGCGAAGACAAACGUGCGCGACUUGAUGCGCUUUACAGGAAGCAGAAGCCCGAAAACAUCGGGGUAGAGCCUUCCGAAGAGAUUUUGAGGUUUUUCUGGGAUAAGAAGGUUGGCGCUGUUGCAGGCGAUACGCGAUCAUUCGAAGUUUGGCCUUGCACACAGACUAAAUGGCAUCUUCAUGAGUGGUUGCUCGCUGGGUGGGGAAUGCCUAUUGGAGAACUGUUCGACCUGGAAAAGUUGAGUAAAGCCUGCAGUGAAGCGAACAGGUAUAGCUUCUUUUUCACGAGCGCUCCUAUGAAUGCUCCUGGCGCUGUUGCCAGCCCUCCGAAUGCUUUUGCAUUUUUCUGA